AUAAUGCCACUGACACAUUGACAUCCAGUUGGCCUCUGGAGUUUGGAAUCAAUAUUUACCCUGCAUAGGGUGAGGGUUAACCUUUACUGAUUGGCAAAAGUGAUGGUACCUUUGAUAAUGGAGGCAUUGUGUUAUACCACCCAGGGCUGAAAGUCAAGGACAAGAUGCAUGGUAUAAAUACUGCUGCUACAGGUAUCCCAUCUCCAAACCAGUGAACUCAUACUCGAAAGGCACUAAGGAGAAGCCAAGAUGAAGCUUCAAGCUGUGGCUGCCGUUCUUCUCGUCUUUCUCAUUUGCCCAAAGGAGAGUGAAUCGGCUCCUGAUCCUUUCUUUGAAGACUUUCUCAGUCUUCCUGGUAAACUUGCUGAUGAGUUUAAAAAAGUAGCAGAGUUGCCUGCCAAGUUUUAUAAGAAAUUGAAAGAUAAACUAGCAGUCGCUAAACCACCACCUCCAGCAGAACCUGCUCCUGAAGCCCCACCUCCAGAAGAACCUGCUCCUGAAGCCCCACCUCCAGCAGAACCUGCUCCUGAAGCCCCACCUCCAGAAGAACCUGCUCCUGAAGCCCCACCUCCAGCAGAACCUGCUCCUGAAGCCCCACCUCCAGAAGAACCUGCUCCUGAAGCCCCACCUCCAGAAGAACCUGCUCCUGAAGCCCCACCUCCAGCAGAACCUGCUCCUGAAGCCCCACCUCCAGAAGAACCUGCUCCUGAAGCCCCACCUCCAGCAGAACCUGCUCCUGAAGCCCCACCUCCAGCAGAACCAGCUCCUGAAGCCUCAGCUGCAAAAUAAGGGAGACAACUCACUGACUACGCUGGACCACAUUCACAGUGUCGGCCUUCUCUUUUGCCUUUCGUGCUGCUCUCACAAGCU